AUGGCCACCCCUCAAGAGUCCAUUACGACGGUAAACGGGAGACGAUGCACUCGUUCUCGGGCCCGAACGGCCCUUACAACCUCGACGACUCCAGCAACAUCCGCAGCCGCCGCCCCUCCCCAAGUCACUUCGUCCACGACCGUUGAGGCGGCACCCAAGAUAGAGACCAGCACCAGCCAAGCACCUCCUCCGCCACCUCCUCCCUCUUCAACGGCACCGGCACCAGCGCCGACUACGUCUGCCCAACAGACAGCACAGCCGCCCCCCGCAGUGCCUACAACAUCUACGACGGAAGCAGCAGCAACGUCCGCGAUAGGUACGAGUAGCCCGGCCCCUACAUCUUCGGAGCGGGUGACACCGCUGGCUCUCGCAUCUUCAGCCCGUGCAACGGCAGCGGCUCAGAAGCAGCCAGAAACUCAAGCGGCACCGGAAGUGUCUUCCCCGGCCGCUGCUGUUCCUCUGGCUGUGUCUUCGCAAGCUGCUGCGGCUUCACAGGUUGCUGUGGCGGUGUCUUCGGCUCCGCCUCCGCCUCCAAGUCCCAUACCAACAACUUCUGACACAGAACAAAUAGCUGUUCCAACGUCACUCGUUGCAUCUUCGCGCGCACCGGCUCGCUUCACAGCUCCGGCGAUAUCCGAAGGUGCCACAUCGGACGCGAGCCCUCCGCUGGCGAUAGAAACCGACACGAAUGCACAACCGUCUGUGACAGAAGCGCCGGCUAUCGCAGAACCACAGCCCACUACUUCGCUAGUAGAUUCCACACCGACCGGAGGAUCGGCUGGCAUAAUUGCACCGGAACAAGGAAACUCUGGCGACAACAGCCCGUUGACCUUUGCGAACGGUGGAAACAUAGGAGGCAUAAUCGGGGGUGUCUUUGGCGGCGUAGCUGGAUUGGCCUUGAUUAGCGUAUUGCUCUUCGUCUGCUUGCGAAAACGGAAGUCGCGGCCCGUGCGAUGGAACGAGAAGCAAGAGUCAGGCCCAAGUUUCCUGGCUAGGUUGAAGACGAUACCCAGCGGGGUGGGCGCAUUUGUUGCCAGGAUUAAAGGAAGCCAAUCCGGCCCGAUUAGCAAUCCCUACCAACGACAUGCUGCGCAAGCCAGCGUUGGUUCGGUAUAUUCGAGGGACUCCAAUGGCAGAGGUCGAUCAACCAGCGAGCCGCAAGGAUUCUUCGGUGUCAAGCGCGCAGGUUCCAGCAACAGCAUGUCAAGCAAGAAGAGCGAGAGGAAUCUGCUCCGGAAGAAGCCGAGCAGCAUCUCAUCAAAUUACCGAUUUCCAGGAAUCGUCGAAGACACAGGUUCGCCAAAUCCCUUCGCCGACCCAAAAAGCACGCUCCUGGUACUCAACCCGGAUCCUCGAAGCGCGCCUGUCACACCGCAGGUCCCUGUUGCUGCUGCCGACACGGAACCCAGAGAUCCUUUCGCAUCUAUCCAGGACCCACCUGGAGCUGCGCCAGCUUGGGCUCAAGUACCGACUCAUCAUCAUACACGUACUAUAAGUUCAGUAUCGGCCCUGAGCUCACAUCCUGUGUCCUCGUUCUACACGUCCGACAACCCGUUCCGAGAUCCACCUUAUGCACCGCCUGCUCCCAGCCAGGCUGUUCUCCCAAGCCAUACCCGCCGUUCAUCAAUGGCGUUACCAGGCUUCAACGCGUUAUCGACCGUGGAUGCAACCUCCACGUUCGCCUCUCGCGACUCUGAUAUGUUCUUCGGAGAACCAGGACCGAGCAGGCCCGCCACCAACUUCUUCACCCCAAUGCCAACUGGUCGUACGGUCCGACAGUCCGAUCCUUUCGACCUCGACCGACCUGAAGUUCUUGGCUUUACAAGCGUCUUCAACAUCAACAGAAAAGAAGUGGCCGGAAACAUCACGCGACAACCUACACGAAGUAAACGAACAAGUAGCGUCGGCAAUUGGGGCAACGCAGCGCCAGACGCCAACAACUAUGGACUGUUUCCGAGAGACAGCACAAAGCCACCACCAUGGGGACCGAACGGCAGGAGAUGA